UUUUGCACAUAGGCACACAUCAUCAGACUUGUUUGUAGAUAUAGCAUGGUUGCUUAAGAACCCUACCUCAGAAAAUUUUGAGAGAAUGAUGACGGCUUCAUAAAUUCAAAGAUACUGUUACUUGUUGGACUUUCUUAUAUGCCAUGAUUCAAUACUCAUUUUGGAAAAAAUAUUACCAAAGUUGGUGAUCUUUACAAAAGGCUUGAAAUCAAAUAUUGUGAUUAGUCGGACGAGUGAUGUUGAUGUGACACAACUACUGAAUUGCAUGCAACUUGCUAGAGAUGUUAUUAAUCAGAAUCAUCAGAAAGGCAGAGGCAUAAUUGUGCAUUCUGAAACAGAAGGCUUUCGGAUUGAAAAAACCUGCACCCAAGACAGCUUGCCAUCAGUUUCGAGAAUAAAAAGUCAGGAUGUUCUAUCCAGAACGGAUUCAAAGUGUGGAAUAAUGAGAAUCCCAACAUUUAAUGACAAAAUUGAUAGGAUACCACUUUUGAAGAGGGAGAUUAUAAUGAAUAUGGAAGAGUUGCCUAAACGAUCCAGCCGGCGAUAUGUCGGUAGGGGAUUCUUGAGCUCUCGACCAGCAAUGUUUGUGAUUGUUUCGGUUGCUGUUUGUCUUGCAGUAUGUGUAGCCAUCCUUCACCGGGGGAGGGUUAGUGAGUUAGCUGUAUCCAUUAGAAGGUGCUUGUUUAACUCUUAGUAGAUGUUGACAAGUUUUUGUACUUGCUCUUCUAUUUGGUAC